AUGGAUAGGAUCAACGGUCUAUCAGAUGACAUUAUAUGCCACAUACUAUCUUUCCUUCAGAUCAAAGAGUCUGCUCUAACGUCUAUCCUCUCAAAGCGGUGGCGUAAUCUGUUUGCCUUCACACCAAAUCUUCACUUUGAUAAUUGUGAAGUUGGUAGUGGACAAAGUUUCAUUGAUCUUAUCGAUAGAUUAUUGGUAGUGUCUGGAAAGUUUCCCUUAAGGAAAAUCUCAAUAAAAUGUCGUAAGAGUAUUAUUAACUUAGAAGUCUCGGAUCAUGUCACCCGAUGGAUGGCGCUUAACCGUGGUACUCCUUAUAUCAUGGUUAAAAACCACAAAAACCAUGAUAUAGACAUAAUCACUUCUAGAGAAGUGAUUUUAGUGCCUCUUGAGAUCUUCACUAGCAAGACAAUGGUUGAGCUGAAACUAGGAAAAUUAUUUUAUGCUAUGAGUCCUGAGGUUGUUUAUCUUCCAUCACUUAAGACUCUCUAUCUUGAUACGGUUUAUUUUCAUAGUAAUUUUUCUUCGGAAGAGCUUCUUACUGCUUGCCCUGUGCUUGAGGAUUUAACCAUUUGUGAUGGGAUCUGGCAGAACGGUGAAUGUUGUCGCACCAUGUCUUCUUCAACCUUUAAGAAACUUACUAUUAAGAGUAUUAGGUUUAAUAAUUCGGUCAUGAGUUUUGAUACUCCGAGUCUUGCCUACUUAGAAUACACUGAUGUAGUUCCAAGAGAUUAUCCGAUUGUAAAUCUUGAAUCCCUCGUCGAAGCUAAGCUUGAUCUUUAUCGUCCUCGUUUUGAUAUUAGCAAUCCAACAAAUCUGAUUAAGGGGUUAAGAAAUGUUGAGGUCUUGGAGAUAUCAUCUAUUCGUACUUCAGAGAUGCUCUAUCAUUUCCGUGAAGCAAUCCCAGUGUUCAGCAACAUGAUUCGUUUAACUAUUACAACUCAUUUUUAUAGCUACCAUUGGAAAUAUUUGCCAAUACUUGUAAGAAAAACUCCAAAUCUACAUACUCUCAUCAUCAAGGUAUAA